CCCCUGGGCCGCGCACGUGCCGCCGGCCAUGAUUUGCGCCCCCCUCCUCUUGGACGCUCCCCUCUUGGCCGCCCCCGAGUAGGCCCGAGGACUACUGAAAGAUGUCUCGGACACCAGCGUCGUAGGUGGACGCCACCGCUCAUCUGCACAUCGCGCCGCAUCGUCGAUGCGUCGUCAAAACGGCGCGAUGUGGAAGAUCGAAUGCAAACACACGGCAUCAACAAAAGCCUGGGCGCUCCGUGCAGGCGCUGCACCAGGCGGCGCCUGGUACGCCUCGUACCCCUUCCUUUGGGAGCGCUGCGGGCCUGCAGGUUAGGUAGGCUCGGCGGGCCCGCGCAGCCAGGAGGGCCCUCCCGGCAGUGCCCGAUGCCCCCGGCAUGUGGGUGCAGGCACCGCCGGGGAGCAGGCCCCAUGCUUGGCGCGAACUGUCGCCAUGAAGGACACUGGUCCUGAUUCGAGGACCCUGGGCAACGGCACGUGCACCCUGCGGCGCCCGCGGCGUCACGCGUGCAGCGUCACGGCGCCCGCGGCCGUGCAGACCUCCAGCGAGGUCAUCACGGGUGCCGCGCCAGCGCCCGCAGCUCCUCCCGGCACGGCGCAGGGGGGGCUGGCGGGCACAGCGGUCGUCCAGCCGUCCGCGCAGGCCUCGAGGGCGCGAAGGUGCACGGAAAUGAACGUCCGAGAGACGGCCGGUCCCUACGGGGAGCAGCUCUUGGCGCUGGCAGUGGGCUCUGCGCGUGCCCCGGUUGAGUACUACGGGGGGGUCCAGUCGGGCUCUAACCAUCCUAUCACCUACCUGUGGGACUCCAUCCAAAGACUGGGAGUUGCCGAUCCACGCCUCCACCUGUCUCAGCUCGUCCAGAAGCUGCUGGCCAAGGGGGUGUCCAUCUCCAUCUUGCCCGCGUCGACUGGCGUGCCUGCAGCUGCUGCGGUGCCUGCGCGGUGGGCCGCGAAAAGCGGCACCCACAGUAGGCCCUCCCGCUUCCGCUGUGGCACCCUGCAGGGAGCCCAGCAGCUGCGCACCCACCUGCUCUCUCGACUGGCCGUUCUGCACCGACUGUGGGCUGUGGGCUGCGGGGCCUAUGAAGGCGUAAAGGAGCCCGAGGGCCACGACGAGAGGCCGCACUGCCAGGCUGCGAAGCUGGCACGGCACCCUGCGGGGUGGGGAGCCCUGCGACAGCCCGUGAGCCGCGGGCUGGGUCCUACGCGCGUGCUUCUGGGCCUUGCGCAGCUCGGCAUGGGACGCGAGGGCAGGAAGAAUACAGGCGACCCUCUCCGCAACCUCCGCGUCGCCGAAAAGGUGCAGCAGCGCAAACUCGUAGGCGAGGGCCUUGCGGUCAGCGGUUGCGGAGCUGGUACCAUUGCUGCCUUGGCCUUGGCAACGUCGGCUUGGAAGGCUGAGAUGCCCCUGCCGACGGCCUCGAGCUUGGCCUUGGCGUCGCCCAGCUGGGACUCCAGCUCUGUGAUCUGCUCGACGAGCUUGUCCCUUUCGGCCUCCUUGGAGCUGAGCCUGUCCAUUGAGCAUCGGAGUGCCUCUUCAGGCCUGCGUGGCCCAGUGUUCGCCGUGAUGCCUCCGCAGCAGCCGCCUCGCCGCGUCGAGCCUGAGCUCGCGGCGCGGGAGAGCGACUCCUGGACCGCGAUCCAGGAAUUGCGGCGGCAGCAGCACCAGCGCCCGCUGCACGGGCCGCUGGCUGGGGCCACAUGGCGUGCCUCGAAGAGGGACCAACAGGACUCCUACAGACAGGAGUCUGUGCUGUGGGCCGCCUUCAAGGCCUUUGACACGGACGACGACGACGGCAAUAUUAGCAAGGACGAGGUCAUCAAGGUGUUGGCCAGAGGGGGCGACAUCGACCAAGUCUGGACGCGGCAGGUGUGCGAGGAGGUCACCGAGGAGCUGUUCCGGCAGUUCGACAAGGACGGCAACGGCCACCUGGACUUCGAGGAGUUCGUGGCCAUGAUGCGGAGGACGAAGAACCGCAAGGUGCAGGCGGAGGCAGUCAGGCUGCCCGACGAGGCCAUCGUGCCGCCGACGGGCUCCUUGAGAGAAUUCGGCGGAGUUAAUAGCUUUAAGGAGAACUACAACGUACUGACUGACUACAGAAUAGGUCGCAGCCCCGCGGCGAGCACGCGCAGCGGCGGGGCGGGGAGCUCCUCGGCGAGAGCGCACAGCGGCAGCGCCCGAGGCGGCCCGACGCUGAUGCAGACCAUGAGCGGCGCGCUGGGCAGCCGGGCGGCGGCGGUGUGUGGGCCGCGCGGGGCCGGGUGCGCGGUGAUGUAGAGGCCUCGCCUUUUGGCGGCUGCGCGUGGGGAGUGGCAUGGGCCACUCCUCGCGUGCACGGGGCGGCUCCGGCGCGCGCGGUGGGCCAUCGGCCCUCGGUCGGAGCCCGCGCUCCAGGCUGGCCACGCCUCAAUGCCGUUCUGCCACGCCCCCUGCUCGCCGCGGACAUCUUGCGUUGCGGUCCCGAGGAACGAGCGCAGGGUCAGUGCCAGCUCGCGCUUGUAGAGUAUGGGCGCGAAGCGUCGUUCGUAAGUUUGCGGAGCUCCAGAGCUUGAGCUCAGAGCUCGUUCGAAGCGCGGCCACCCAAACGAGAUGUUGGGGGAGCGCGCGCAUGGAGAGCUAGCCUUAGCACACGUAGGCUCCCCUGUGCAGCGCGCAUCGACUUCCCGCAUCGGCUCACAGAUGAUUAGGCGUGAGCUCGCGAUGACAAACGGAUUCAGGCAG